AUGGCGCCCGCGCUGCUGAUCCUGCUGGGGGCCGCGGCAAUCCUCCAAGCCGAUGGGACUCCUGACGAUGGGUGCCACUCUGGACCACUGAACCUGUGUGACCUCUUCUUUUUUUUUUUCCCUCGGUCAGUUUCACUUCUCCCACCUGUCAAUUUCACCAUUAAAGUGACCGGUUUGGCCCAAGUUCUUCUGAGCUGGAAACCGAAUCCUGAGCAGGAGCGAAAGGGCGUGCAGCUGGGCUACCACCUGAGGGUCCACACCCCACAGGACGAUGACUUCGAACUCAAGCACACCGGGCGCAGGUACGAGGCCGCCCUGCAUCGAGGCUUCUCGGCCAGCGUGCGCACCAUCCUGUGGGAGCGCCGCCCCAGCCCCGCCAGCCGCUGGGUGUCCGCCGAGCUGAGGGCCCCGCCAGGGUCUCCCGGAACCUCAGCUGUGAACUUAACUUGCGUCACAAACACGGCGGCCGGCGGCCACCCCGAGUCCAGGCCCUACCGAGUUUCUCUCCGCUGCGCCUGGCGAGCUGGCGAGGAGGCGCCCUCGGACACCCAGUAUUUCCUCUACUACAGGUACGGCUCUCGGACGGAAGCGUGCCGCGAGUACGGCCAGGACGCGCUGAGGAGAAACGUGGCGUGCUGGUUCCCGGCCACCUCCAUCGACGGCAAAGGGCAGGACGCGCUAGCCGUGGGCGUGAGAGGCUCCAGCCUGCGGGCUGCCAUCAGGCCCUACGACCGGCUGUUCGCCCUUCACGAGAUCGACCAGGUGAACCCCCCGGGGAACGUCACGGCGGAGAUGGAGGGUACGCGCCUCUCCGUCCGCUGGGAGAAGCCCGUGUCCGCCUUCCCGGGCCACUGCUGGGACUACGAAGUGAAGAUUUACGGCAGGAGGAGGGGCUACGUGCAGAUAGAAAAUACGACGGCCAACAAGUUCAACACCACGGUCAGCGACGUGUCUCGGUACUGCGUGGUGGUGAGAGCCGCCGUGAGCUCCACGUGCAGGCGGCAGGGGCUCUGGAGCGCCUGGAGCCAGCCGGUCGGCACCGGACAGGACGAGCAGAAGCCCUGGACCGAGUGGCUGCUGAUCCCGCUCACGGCGUCCCUCUGCGCCGCGUUCGUCUGCUCGCUCAGCCGCAGGACGGGUCACAUGUGCACCAAGCUGUUCCCACCGGUUCCAGGCCCCAAGAGUGACAUCGGCGAUCUCGUGGCCACCGUGAACUACGAGAAAGGCGGUUCCGGCGAAACAGAGAGCGAAGUCCUCAGCUACGUGGCCGUGGACGAGGAGCCCGAGGUCCUGGAAGACUUGGUGUUCUGACCGGGCGCCGGCCCGGGCGCACCUGCCCCG